AUGAGCGCGAUCAGAAAGGUCACGGCUGGCCUAACGAACGCAUCAAAGCCGUCUCCCAUCAAGACCGUCGUCGCCAAAGUCCUCUCUUCGGAGAGCAAGAUCAAGAAAACAAAGCCUGUGACCGGCCCCCGGGGUCCGCAGGUUAAGCGCAAACGCACGAAACCCCAACCCGACGAGGACGGAGACAACGAUGCAAGCAGCACCUCCAGCCUCUCCUCCCUAGAACCCUCCGUCGCGCCUCCACCCGAGUCGACCACCCCACUCACCCCAACGCCCCUCACCAUGACCAAGUCCGGCCGGCAGGUCCUUAAACCCGACGCCUACGACCCGGCCGCCAUGGACGCCGCGAGCCGGCGGCCCCGCGCACCGGCCCACCACUACGGCAAGCGCACCGCCGAGCAGGCGCUCUGCCUCAAGUGCAGCCGCAUGCACAGCCCAGCCACCAACCAGAUCGUCUUCUGCGACGGCUGCGACGAGUGCUGGCACCAACUGUGCCACGACCCCUGGAUCGCCGACGAGAUCGUGCAGGACCGGGGCAAGGUCUGUCUCCCAAAGCUGGGCGUCUUCCCUGUUGAACAGCAGCAUCACCCCCACCAACCCUACCAAGUCGGCGGGACCAGGUCAAUCUUCGCGGGCACCACGACCGAGGGGCUGUUCCCACGCGCCGACGCCCACCCGACUGGGCAGAUCAACUUUGUGCGGAAGAUUGCGGGUGCCGGGAAGGGGACGAAGGGCGGGGGGAGCCAAAAGGAGGGGGCCAGCAGCCAGGAUGGGGGGCGGGGCGGGGGGUUGGUGGGAAAGAGGAUGACGAGGAUGAUUGAUCCGCUGGCGGCGCUGUGCGCCGAGGUCGGGGAGGGGCUUGUACACGCGCCUGCCGCCGGAUACGGAGGAUGGGGCAAGGUUGGUGGAUGA